CGCAGUAGCUGCUGGGCCUGUGGACGCCGCAUCUGGGCGCCGGGUCCGGCUUGGCCUCGGCGGAGUCCGCUUCCCGCAAGUCGCCUCUUCGAGUUCUGUUCGCGACGCUCUAAAGCGAGCACCGAGGUUUCAGAACUGAGGAGCGGAAAGCGUGGUCUGUUCUUUCUCCUGUCCCGGCUGCCGCUGGGUUGUCGCGGCCAAGGCCCCAGGACGCCCAGCAUGGCGGGGCAGCGGGUGGAGGUGGACGGCGGGAUCAUGGAAGGGGGCGGCCAGAUCCUGAGGGUCUCCACGGCUCUGAGCUGCCUCCUGGGCCUUCCUCUGCGGGUGCAGAAGAUCCGAGCCGGCCGCAGCACGCCGGGCCUGAGGCCUCAACAUUUAUCUGGACUGGAAAUGAUUCGAGACUUAUGUGAUGGGCGACUGGAAGGGGCAGAAAUCGGCUCAACAGAAAUAAUAUUUACACCAGAGAAGAUCAGAGGCGGAUUCCACACAGCAGAUACCAAGACAGCAGGGAGCGUAUGCCUCUUGAUGCAAGUCUCAAUGCCCUGUGUACUUUUUGCUGCUUCUCCAUCAGAACUUCGUUUGAAGGGUGGAACUAAUGCCGAGAUGGCACCACAGAUUGAUUACACUGUAAAGGUUUUCAAGCCAAUUGUUGAAAAAUUUGGUUUCAAGUUCAAUUGUGACAUUAAAAUGAGGGGCUAUUAUCCAAAAGGAGGCGGUGAAGUGAUUGUCCAAAUGUCACCAGUUAAACAGUUAAAUCCAAUAAAUUUAACUGACCGUGGCUCUGUGACUAAGAUAUAUGGGAGAGCUUUUGUUGCUGGUGUUUUGCCAUUGAAAGUAGCAAAAGAUAUGGUGGCAGCAGCUGUCAGGAGCAUUAGAAAGGAGAUUAGGGAUCUGCAUGUUAACAUUCAACCUGUUCAGGAACCUAAAGACCAAGCUUUUGGCAAUGGGAAUGGAAUCAUUAUUAUUGCUGAGACUUCUACUGGCUGUUUGAUUGCUGGAUCAUCGCUUGGUAAACGAGGUGUAAAUGCAGACAAGGUUGGAAUUGAUGCUGCUGAAAUGCUGUUGGCAAAUCUUAGACAUGGUGGUGCUGUAGAUGAGUAUCUCCAGGACCAGCUGAUUAUUUUUAUGGCAUUAGCCAAUGGAACUUCCAGAAUAAAAACAGGACCAAUAACACUUCAUACACAAACAGCUAUUCAUUUUGCUGAACAACUAACAAAGGCUAAAUUUACUGUGAAGAAAUCAGAAGAUGGAGAAGAUGCCUCUAAAGACACUUAUAUUAUUGAGUGCCAAGGAGUUGGGAUGACAAAUCCAUAUUUAUAGGUUAUUUGCCUUUGAAGUGUUGCCUUGAUGUGUUGCAUUGAUUCAUUAUAUAAAUACUACAAAAGCUAUGAAGAAGCAAGUUAUUAAAGGACUGGACUUAAAUCUGGAGAAAAUACAGCAUGCCUUAGAUUGGCUGAGAAGUCUUCAUCAAAGUAAUUUCACUUUAGCUAUCUCCUGAGAUAUGGACAGUCAAAUAAAAGUCAGUGAAUAUGUAUGACCACUGAUUUCAAUAUUAAAAUACUGAUAAAAUGUU